AUGAAUAACCGCCGAGGAGUCACCACCGUGUCGAAUCAGAACCACCGAACGCAGCGUCGCCCGGUGAUUCACGUUUUACCGGACGAGAUGGCAUUACGAGUUGUCUGCCAUGCGUCAGUUAUCGGUGGCAUAAUCGGAUCAAACGGCUCUGUCGUCUCCAAACUCCGGCGCGAAACCGGCACCAAAAUCCACUGCGAGCCUCCGGUGAACGGCUCCGAUCACUGGAUCGUCUUCAUCGUCGGCUCAACCGCCGUUAACAAAAGCUUUCUACUGACUGACAGAGUCGGAGAUUUCUCCGGAGGUCAACACGAAGAUGGGGUGACUUGUGAUCUCUCCGCUGCUCAGACGGCUCUGAUUAGGGUUUUGGAGAGAUCGUGGGCGGUUUUAGCGGCGAAAGAUAGCGGCGGAGUCGUCGCCGGUGACGACGGAGAAGCUUACUGUGGGAUUCUCGCUGAUCGGAAUCAGAUUGGUGCCGUUCUGGGGAAGGGAGGGAAGAAUGUGGAGUGGAUGCGGCGAAACUCUGGCGCCAUGAUUAGGGUUUUGCCUCCGCCGAUCUGUGGCACUAACAACGAAGAAUUGAUUCAGAUAACCGGCGAGGUCUUGGCUGUGAAGAAGGCAUUGGUUAUGGUGUCAUCUUCUCUUCAGAGUUGUCCACCUCACAAUCCAUACCCACCGCCACUUUGCAGCAAAGCUUAUGAAUCAUCAGAGGAUCCACAUUCUGAGUUUUUCCCUGAUUUGCGUUCUUCUUCUUCGUUGCCUAAUGCUUCGGAAACUGCUGCAUUGAGUAGGAACAACUUACCAUCACCGUAUGAAGAAGGAAACAGUUAUCUUCAGGGCUCAAAAGAUACAGAUAGGAAGGUUGUGUUCAAACUAAUCUGCACAAGUGUUGCAGCUGGUGGCAUCAUUGGGAAACAAGGAACUAUUAUAAGAGCUCUUCAGAACGAAACUGGUGCUUCUAUCUCCAUUGGAGCUCCUUUAAGAGUACAAACCGGUGAAAGAGUUGUUACCAUUUCUGCACGCGAGAACCUAGAGUCACGUUACUCUCAAGCACAAAAAGCUCUGGAUCUUGUAUAUGGAAGAUCUGUUGAGAUUGAUGUGGGGAAAUUCUCGGGGAUGCUGCACAGUGCUUUAGUGAAAGCUAAGCUGUUGGUGCCAUCACAGUUUGCUAAUGACUUGAUUGGAAACAGAGAAGCAGUCAUAGCAACUGGUGCUGAUGUACACAUUCCAAUAGGUGACCAAGUUCUUGAUUGUGUUUCAGAGAAUGAAUUACUCAUAGAGAUUAUGGGAGAGUAUAGGUAUGUACAGAAGGCAUUGUCUCAUGUUUCUUCGAAGUUAAGAGAGAGCCUAUUGCCAAAGAAGGCCUUGGAAGAAAUGAGAGCUAGAGUUAGUAAUCCAUAUGAAAGUGUAUAUAAUCUACAACCAUCACAUCAAAACCAUGGUGGUUCGACAAAACCACAGAAGGCAGCACACAGAAGUGAUUCUCUGUCGGUAUCAGAUGGUGAACUUGACUUGAAGAUGGUAAGAAGCGGUGCAGAUUUAAUGCAGUCUGUCGAUAAUCUAAGGAAGACAGGCGCGAAUGACUUGACACAGGGAAUAAAACAGCUUCAAGUUUCUUCUAGCAAUGGAGAUGUCUCUUCUUCUUCACCACCAAGAAGUGUAGGUGUAUCUUUGAGAAAGGUUACCUUUGAGCUAGCUGUUGAGAAAGAUGCUCUUGCUACACUCUACGGCAGAGAUGGCACCGGUCUAGAUAAUCUACAACAGAUUUCAGGAGCUAGAGUGGAUGUCAAGGAUCUUACAGGAGUUGAAGCAACGGUUUUAAUCUCCGGUGUCCCUGAGCACACCCGCUUAGCUAUGUCUUUGAUCGUCUCAAUCCUUGAUGACCAGUAA